AUGGCCAGCCCCUCCAUUACUUUGAACCGCAUUCUCGCGGCGGCUCCGUCUACCACCAGAGGACAGCCAACGCAACUGUCCGCCGACUCGAAAGGCCAGCGGAUAGCUUACGCGUCGGGAAAAUCAAUCUUUGUCCGCUCCAUCGACAACCCCGCCGAAUCCAAGGAGUACACCGGCCACACCGCCGCUACAACUGUGGCUCGUUUUUCACCUAGCGGGUUCAAAGUCGCCAGUGGUGAUGCCAGCGGUACGCUACGGGUGUGGGAGCCUGAGAACACGGAUAAAACCAUUGGCGAAUAUCACAUCAUCUCAGGCCGACUGAACGAUGUUGCUUGGGAUGGUGAGUCGCAGCGCGUCAUUGCUGUCGGAGACGGCAAGGAGCAGUUCGGCCGCUGCAUCACGGCAGACAGCGGAAACUCGGUGGGGGAAAUCAUUGGUCACUCGAAAACCGUCAACGCAGUAGCUAUGAAGCCGCAGCGCCCCUUCCGUGCUGCAACUGUUGGCGACGAUGGCAACAUGGUGUUUUAUCACGGCGCUCCCUACAAGUUCAACGAGAAGAGUGCCUUACACAAGGGCUUUGUUUUCGGAGCCUCAUACUCUCCCGAUGGAGCUGCUCUGGCGACUGUAGGCGCCGAUAAGCGAAUACAGUUGUACGACGGAAAGACUGGGGAGCCUAUCAAGCAAAUUGGCCAAGGAGAACAUACUGGGAGCAUAUUUGCUGUUUCCUGGUCUGAGGAUGGCAAGAAGUUUGCCACGGCAAGCGCUGACCAAACGAUAAAACUUUGGGAGGUUGAUUCAGGCAGCGUCAUUCAGACCUGGAAGUUUGGAGACGGACUUAGCAUUCGAGAUCAGCAGAUGGGUGUCGUCAUUCCCCAUGGCCGAACCGACGGUUUGAUUAUUAGCGUAAACUUGGAGGGAGAGCUUAUUUAUUUGAAUGAGGGCAAGAACGAACCCGUCAAGAUCCUCCAGGGACACCAAAAGAGCAUUACUGCUCUCACUGGCUCCUCUGACGGCAAAGGCUCUGCGCUCUGGACAGGAAGCUUUGAUGGCCGGGUUUGCCACUGGAACAUCAAAACAGGCACGGCUAGUGUGGUGGAUGGAGGGUCUCAUACCAACCAGGUUGUACAGAUAACAGGGGUUGCGGGAAAAAUCUAUACCGCUGGCUGGGAUGACACGGUGAAGAUUGCGGAUGAAUCAGCUGGCACCUUUGUGGGCGAGCCCAUCAGUCUUGCGGCACAACCAAAGGGCGUCAGUGCAUCCGACGGUGUCCUUUAUGUCGCCACGGUUUCGUCGAUUGCGGCGUAUUCUGGCGGGAAGCUUCUGAAAGAGACAGCAGUCAGCUAUACUCCGACAUCCAUUGCCGCCUCCGGAAGCUUGGUCGCCGUUGGAGCGGACAAAAACUCUGUCAAGGUAUACAAGGCCAGCUCCGGGGGCUCCUUGGAAGAACUACAAACAUUGACGAACCCUACUGGAACAAUAUCCGCUUUGGCCUUUUCCAAGGAUGGCUCUCACUUGGGUGCUGGAAACAGCGUUGGCAAGAUUUAUGCAUACAAUACCGCAACAUGGGAGGUGGCUUCAGAUCGUUGGUCUGCCCACACGGCGCGCGUGACUUGCAUUGCCUGGGAUGAUUCUGGCGCAUACGCAGCUAGCGGAAGCUUAGACACCAACGUCUUUGUGUGGUGUUUGGAAAAGAGAAACCAAGGGAAGCGAAUCAAGGCUGCCAACGCACACAAGGACGGAGUUAAUGGCAUCUCAUGGAUAGAAGGCGGACAGAUUGCCAGCGCAGGAGGGGAUGCAAACGUCAAGAUUUGGGACGUUAAGAACCUGCCUUGA